AUGUUAGCGUGGCAUGUACGUGUGACAGCAGAAGUUGUAGGACCGUCAUACUCUUUAGGUGCAAGAUUAGUAAUGACUACAUCAUUAUUGGACCGAGAUUUUUCGCCGCCAAACUCGUUCAAGGAAGCCGGAGGAAAUGACCGAUGGCGAUUAAAAAGUGAAGUGGCAGAAGGUGACCGGUGGAGAUCGAAUAGUAAUUUAGAAAGUGGUGCUAAUGCUGCUGACCGAUGGUCACGGCGUGAUGCUGCUUCAGAUCGUAUUAGUGCUGCGCAACGUCGUGGUGUUAGUCGUGAUCGUAGUCCCCGAAAACUUCGGGAUAGAGAUGUUCGUCGAGGUGGUUCUGGAGCUGCACGUAAUGACCGAAUGGUUUAUAUCGCAAACAUUCCGUAUGAUGUACGUUGGAUGGAAUUAAAAGAUUUGGUUCGAGAAAAAGCUGGUGAGGUCAAUUUUGUGGAGCUUCUAGAAGAUCGUAAAGGGAAGUCAAAAGGUGCAGCAGUUGUUGAAUUUCGAGAAAAAGAGUCAGUACAGCGUUGUGUUGAUGCUUUACAUCGUUAUCCAAUGAAUGAUCGUUUAUUAACAGCAAAAGAAAUUCGAGAUCCUGUUGCAUUUUUUCGAAAAGUCAAAGAAGAUACAGGAGUUGAUUUUUUGAACGGCCUUCAUGGUGGAACUGCUGCUUCUAAUUUGGAUACUCGUAACCGUCCAGAUGAACAAUAUGAAACGUUUGGUUUAAGUCCUGCAUUUCUGCGACAACUUCAUAUUACAGGACCACUGAGCAAUCGUGUUUUUGUAUCAAAUCUGCCAUACAAUGUACAAAGUGGACGAAUAACAGAUUAUUUCACUUUGGCUGGUAAAGUUACGUGGGUUGAUCUUCAACUAGACAAGGAAGGUCGCAGUAAAGGCAUGGCAAUUGUUCAGUUCACACAUCCAAUCGAGGCUGUGCAAGCCAUUUCAAUGUUGAAUAAUCAACGUGUUUUUGACCGGCAGAUCAAUGUUAAAAUGGAUAAGUUUGAUCCAGUUGAUGAACGGAAGGAAGGGGAAUUACCAAUGGGUUUACGAGGAGUGGGUAUGGGUUUGGGUGCUAAUGGUGCACCGUUAGGGGAUGUCUCCUCCAUCAUUUCAUCGCUCACUUCUUCAACAGCACCUCAUAACUCUUUUGAUAGUUCAUCGACUUCAUAUACUGGUCAGAGUACAUAUCAGAGUGCUCCCGGAGCAAGUCUACAACCAAGUAAUAUUUCUUCAAUUUUACCAUUUUCUUCUACCUACAACGUAUCUUCGACAUCUUUGUCAGCAUCUUCUUCUGCUUAUUCUGCAUUUGGAAAUGCCAGUGGUUUCAGUGCAUCUCGUUCGAUCAUUAUCAAAAAUCUGCCACUGGAUUAUACAUGGCAGAUAGUGCGUGAUCGAGUGCAACAGUUUGGUCCCGUAGAUUUGACUGAAAUGAUCGCACCAGGCUGUGCUAAAGUUACGUUUGCUAUGGCUACGGAUGCAGAGCGUGCUCGCAAAUCGCUUCAAAAUACUACCGUCGAAGGUCGCAUAAUUGGCGUGGAAUUCUUGGCAUAA